UCCCAAGUGUGUGUAGUGUUUUGGUGUUUUAAAGAUGGCGGCCGUGGGGUUGUCAAGAACCACCACGAGACUUUUGAAUUCUCGUUUGCCGGUGAUUGUCGUGUGUGGGGCAACCGGCACUGGGAAAUCGAAACUCGCUCUAGAAUUGGCAGUGAAAUAUGGAGGUGAAAUCAUUAGUGCCGAUUCUAUGCAGAUCUACCAAGGGCUGGACAUAAUCACGAAUAAAGUCACGUUGGAAGAGCGGCAGCUCGUCCCCCAUCAUCUCAUCGAUUGCGCAUCACCCUUGACCCGCUGGACCGUCGUGGACUUUCAACGCAAAUCGUUGGCUGUUAUUGACGACUUGCUGCUCAACGGACGGGUGCCGGUCAUCGUUGGCGGGACUCACUACUAUAUCGAGUCGUUGCUAUGGAAAGUGUUGCUGGACGGUGACCACAAGUCCGGCCAGGACCAGACGACUUUGCUUUACGAACGAGACGAGCAGCUGCGACGGCAACGGCCGUCCACGUCCACUCAGACGGCCCAGACGCUCGACGACGGGAACGAUAAUGACGAGCUACUUUUGAAAUUAUUACCGUUGGGCGAGGUGGGAUCGGACGCCAAGGCGCUGGAGCAUUUGAGCAGCGCCAGACUUCACCAGCUGUUGAGGAAGGUCGAUCCCGUUAUGGCCGACACUAUACACCCGAAUAACCGACGUAAAAUCUUCAGGUCUCUGCAAGCGUGGCAACAGCACGGCCGACCCCAUAGUGAGCUGCUCCGGUCGCAACGGGACUCUGAGGGAGGCUCGACGCUGGGAGGUCCCCUCCGCUACGACGCCGACCGAACGCUCAUCUUCUGGGUCCAAUGUCAACAGGAGGUGCUGGACCGUCGACUCGAUGCCCGUGUGGAUGACAUGAUGUCUCGCGGCCUUGUAGCCGAAUUGGCCCAUUUCCACCACCUUUACAACGAACGGCGCCUACAGGAUGAAAAAAUCAAGGAAGCGGAUUACACCAUCGGCAUUUUCCAGUCGAUCGGACUGAAGGAGUUUCACGAAUUCCUGGUGCUGCCAUCUAGCGAGCAGACGACUCAAACGGGACGGCGUCUCCUCGACCAGGGCGUGGAGGCCCUGAAAAGCCGCACCAGACGCUACGCCCGUAAACAGACGAAAUGGAUCGUCAAGCGUUUCCUUGAGCAACCCGAUCGCCAGGUGCCUCCGGUGUACGGACUGGAUGCCACGGAUGUGACCGAGUGGAACGAGAAGGUCCGCGACGUGGCUUUCCGGAUUGUCGACUCUUUUGGCUCCGACGAGGAGCAAACGGGAGACGGGAGCGAGUGCCGGCCCAAGCCGCUGGCCGUCGCCGAGACGACGACGCGGGAAGAGCAAACGUCCUUUCACUGCCCGCUCUGCGAAAAGGUGACGGUCGGCCAGCGCCAGUGGCAAGAACACCUCGGCAGUAACCGACACCGCAAACUGGUCAAACGGGCGGCGACCAACGGAGACGGCCUCGACCAGCAGUCCAAACCUAGACGACGCCAACCAAGGAGCGCCAAGACGGACCGAGCUGACGAAGACGAAACAAACGCGGGCGGAUCGCAGGAGGCGGCUUUGACAUCCGCUCAGGCUGCCCAGGAGGAACAGCAGCAGCAGCCACAACUACCAUCACUACAAAUAGAUCAGCAGACCUCUUAAACAACCAACGUUAGCGCGCCCAGCCUGCCCGGCAGACUUUGAAAAACAACACAAAAAAUUCCCGUCUCUUUCCCUCUAGAUCUUUUCUUCUCUUUCCGGAAAAGUCCUUAAAUGAUCCGGCGUCGUUUAAUGAUCCGCUUCCCUUUCAUUCUUUUUUCUCUUCUCCAGGGCAGCCCGGCGUGUUGUGUGAUAUUUCUCCCGUUUGCCGGCCAAUGUUUCGCACAAUAAAACCAAAAUUUGUAGAAGGAAAAAGCUGAAACUGAAUGAUAGUCAAUUUGUCUGUGUGUGUGUUUUGUAAAUUCUUUGGCUGAGCUGGGAAAUGUUUGGGGGCUAAACGGCAAUACACAAAAGUUUAGUACUAGACAAUGAA